GCGCGCACUUGGUGAGCGAGUGGUGCUCCUGGAAGAAGGUCUGAAGAGAGAGAGAGAGCGAUGGGGUCGUUGGGGAAGGAGGCGGCGACGGCGGUGGUGCUGGCGGUGAACGGCGUGCGGCGCGAGGCGGCCGGCGUCGACCCGUCGAUGACGCUGCUGGAGUUCCUCCGCACCCGGACGCCCGUCAGGGGGCCCAAGUUAGGCUGCGGCGAAGGUGGAUGCGGUGCAUGUGUGGUCCUCAUUUCCAAGUAUGAUCCGGCCACCGACGAGGUGACCGAGUUCUCGGCGAGCUCCUGCCUGACGCUCGUCGGCAGCCUCAACCACUGCUCGGUCACCACCAGCGAGGGCAUCGGCAACACCCGUGAUGGCUACCACCCCGUCCAACAGCGCCUCGCCGGCUUCCACGCCUCCCAGUGCGGCUUCUGCACCCCCGGCAUGUGCAUGUCCAUCUUCUCCGCCCUCGUUAAGGCCGACAAGCCCGGCGACUCUGCCCCGGCAUCGGGAUUCUCCAAGCUCACCUGCUCCGAGGCCGAGCAUGCCGUCUCCGGCAACCUGUGCCGCUGCACCGGCUACCGGCCCAUUGUCGACACGUGCAAGAGCUUCGCCGCUGACGUCGACCUCGAGGACCUCGGCCUCAACUCGUUCUGGAAAAAAGGCACUGACCGUGCCGAUGUCGGCAAGCUGCCAGAAUACUCCAGCGGCGCGGUCUGCACCUUCCCUGAGUUCCUCAAGUCCGAGAUCAAGGGUCAAAUGAACGAUGCUCCAGCAGUGAACUCUGUUGAUGACGGCUGGUACCAUCCCAAGAGCAUCGAGGAGCUCCAUACCCUCUUUGACUCCAACUGGUUUGACGAAAACUCCGUCAAGAUUGUGGCAUCAAACACUGGUGCCGGAGUGUACAAGGAUCAAGACCUAUAUGAGAAGUAUAUCGACAUCAAAGGGAUACCAGAACUUUCGGUCAUCGAGAGGAGCAACAAGGGGGUGGAGAUCGGAGCAGCAGUGUCCAUCUCCAAAGCCAUCGAGGUCUUCUCCGAUGGCACUCCGGUGUUCAGAAAGAUCGCCAGUCAUCUCAGCAAGGUGGCCUCGCCAUUCAUCCGCAACACGGGGACCAUCGGCGGGAACGUAAUCAUGGCGCAGCGGCUGCCAUUCGCUUCAGACAUCGUCACAGUUCUUCUCGCCGCAGGUUCGACGGUCACAAUCCAGACUGCUUCCAAGAUGGUGUGCCUGACACUGGAGGAGUUCUUGGAGCAGCCUCCCUGUGAUGCCAAGACCAUACUGCUCACCAUAUUUGUCCCUGAUUGGGGUUCAGACAGUGUCAUCUUCGAGACCUCUCGUGCAGCCCCCAGACCAUUCGGCAAUGCUGUCUCCUAUGUCAAUUCUGCAUUCCUGGCAAGGACUUCAGGGGAUGCAGCCUCAGAGGGGUUCGUAAUUGAGGAUAUAUGCCUCGCAUUUGGCGCUUAUGGUGUCGAUCAUGCCACCAGGGCUCGGAAAGUUGAGGAAUUCCUGAAGGGGAAAUCAGUGAAUGCACCAGUUAUACUUGAAGCAGUUCAGUUGCUGAAAGAUGUUAUCUCGCCGUCAGAAGGCACGACACACCCUGAGUACAGAGUCAGCUUGGCUGUCAGUUUCUUAUUCAGUUUCCUUUCUUCACUUGGUAACAACCUGAAUGCUCCCAAUGGGUCUUGUGUUAAUGGCUCCGAGAAGCAUGGUAAGGUUGCCAGCAAUGACUUACCGAUUCGCUCAAGGCAAGAACUGGUUUUCAAUGACGAAUACAAACCUGUCGGCAAGCCAAUCACGAAAUCCGGGGCCGAGCUGCAAGCUUCUGGGGAGGCUGUGUAUGUUGAUGACAUCCCUGCUCCCAGAGAUUGCCUCUAUGGAGCAUUUAUCUACAGCACACACCCUCAUGCCCAUAUAAGAAGUGUCAACUUCAGAUCAUCUUUGGCUUCAGAAAAGGUCAUCACAGUUAUCUCCGCAAAGGACAUUCCUGCUGGUGGAAAAAAUGUUGGAUCCGGCUGGGCAAUGCUAGGAUUCGAAGCUCUUUUCGGCAAUCCGGUUUCUGAAUUUGCUGGUCAAAAUAUUGGCAUUGUGAUCGCUGAAACACAGAAGUACGCCUAUAUGGCAGCGAAGCAAGCUAUCAUUGAGUAUAGCACUGAGAAUCUUGAGCCGCCAAUUCUGACAAUAGAGGACGCCAUCCAACAUAACAGCUACUUCCCUGUUCCCCCAUAUUUUGCUCCUCAGCCAGCUGGGGACUUCGACCAAGGGAUGUCUGAAGCAGAUCACAAGAUCCUAUCAGGAGAGGUGAAACUUGAAUCACAGUACUACUUCUACAUGGAGACGCAGACAGCAUUGGCCAUCCCCGACGAAGACAACUGCAUCACCGUCUACGCCUCGACGCAGCUACCCGAAAUCACGCAGAAUGUCGUCGCGGACCUCCUCGGCAUUCCCUACCACAAUGUUCGCAUCAUCACCAGGAGAGUUGGAGGUGGCUUUGGUGGAAAGGGAAUGAAAGGAACCCAUGCUGCGUGUGCGUGUGCACUUGCUGCAUUCAAGCUUAGGCGCCCUGUCCGGAUGUACCUCGACCGGAAGACGGACAUGAUCAUGGCGGGAGGGCGUCACCCCAUGAAGGUGAAGUACUCCGUCGGGUUCAAGUCAGACGGCACGCUCACGGCACUGCACGUCGAUCUCGGUAUCAACGCCGGGAUAUCACCGGACUUGAGCCCACUGAUCCCGGGUUCUACCAUAGCUUCUCUGAAGAAGUACAACUGGGGUGCCCUGGCCUUCGACAUCAAGUUGUGCAAGACAAACAUGUCAUCCAGGUCGGCGGUGCGAGCGCCAGGUGAUGUGCAGGGGUCCUUCAUCGCUGAGGCCAUCAUCGAGCACGUCGCGUCCACGCUCGGGUUCGACACCAACGCCGUCCGGAGAAAGAACCUCCACAGCGCCGAGAGCCUCACGAAGUACUAUGGCGAAUCCGCAGGGGAUGCCCCGACGUACAGCCUCGUCGACAUCUUUGACAAGCUGGCCUCGUCGCCGGAGUACCGGAGCAGGGCAGAGGCUGUUGAGCAGUUCAAUGGCGGGAGCAGGUGGAAGAAGCGAGGCAUCUCGUGUGUGCCGAUCACCUAUGUGGUUACCCUCCGUCCAACGCCAGGGAAGGUGUCCAUCCUGAACGACGGCUCGGUAGCCGUGGAGGUCGGCGGCGUGGAGAUCGGGCAAGGGCUGUAUACCAAGGUGAAGCAGAUGACUGCGUUCGGGCUGGGGGAACUCUGCCCCGACGUGGACGGACUCCUUGACAAAGUGCGUGUCAUCCAGGCCGACUCGCUGAGCAUAAUCCAAGGCGGCUUCACCGGCGGGAGCACCACCUCCGAGACCAGCUGUGAGGCGGUCCGACAGGCGUGCACCGUGCUCGUCAAGCGCCUCAAGCCCAUCAAAGAGGGCCUCGAGGCCAAGUCCGGUGCGCCAGCGCCAUGGAGCACCCUGAUCGCCCAAGCGAGUAUGGCGAGCGUGAACCUGUCGGCUCAUGCCUUCUGGACGCCAGACCCAGCCUUUGUAAAUUACAUCAACUACGGAGCUUCCGUCAGUGAGGUGGAAAUCGACGUGCUGACUGGGGGGACGACGAUACUGAGGAGCGACCUGGUGUAUGACUGCGGGCAGAGCCUGAACCCGGCGGUGGACCUCGGCCAGGUGGAGGGCGCGUUCGUGCAAGGGGUGGGCUUCUUCACGAACGAGGACUACGCGAGGAACGCGGACGGGCUGGUGGUGAACGACGGCACCUGGACGUACAAGGUCCCUACGGUUGACACCAUACCAAAGCAGUUCAACGUGGAGCUCCUCAACAGCGCGCGCGACAAGAAGCGGGUGCUCUCCUCCAAGGCGUCCGGCGAGCCGCCGCUGCUGCUGGCGGCGUCGGUGCACUGCGCCAUGCGGGAGGCCAUCAGGGCGGCAAGGAAGGAAUUCUCGGCCGACUCGCCGCUGACGUUCCAGAUGGACGUGCCGGCGACCAUGGCCGACGUCAAGGAGCUAUGCGGCCUCGACGUCGUCGAGAGGCACCUUCAGGGCCUCUCCUCUGCCGCCGUCAGCGGCGACGUGAAGGUGUGAUCGUACUUGCCUGUAAGCUGUGUCGAAAUGUGGGUAUAUGUACUGCUGUAAUGCACGAUGAAGGGUGUGGGACGCUGGACAAUGACCGGUUUGCCUGUGUGCUGAUGUGUAAAGAAGAGACGAGAUAAAACAGCUAUCGACGUGGAUCUAUCAUAAGCGUUGGUUUU